CGUCACAAUCGUUGCUUCGCGGGAGAAUUUGUAUACAAGCCAGUUCAGCACCCAAGAUAUCAGGAUGUCUGACUCUAGCAGUAGCAGUGACUCUGACUCAGUGGAGGAGGUCGUGGUCCAGAGAUAUCUUAAGCAGGAUCUACAGUCCAGCUUGGCCCAGGGGAGGGCACUCAUCCGCCAACAUCACGGCAUCAAACCCCAGCCAGGGCACUACCGGCUGAAAGAUUGCUGUCACGCUGUCGUGGAUCAUAAAACUCACGGUUACCAAGGGAAGCACUGGGAAACUUCCGGUCCAACAGGAAAUCUGGAGAAGGGCACGCGAAGACUCACCACCAAGGCCGUGGACAAGGAGAUGGAUCAGGAGCGCGAUUGGAGAGCGAAGCGUGAGGAGAAACUCUCCAAACUGGCAAGGGAGAUAAUCCAGCCGCUACUGGACGAUUUCAAUGAUACUCUCGUCAUCAGCAAGCGAGAGAUGGCGGCCGAGGACCGUCUGCUCACCCACCAUCAGGAGUCAGUCAAGGACUCUGUCCAGUGUGAGUUGGUGUGCCGGGAGAACGGGCGGAGGGUGGAUGAGAUGUCUGAAAAAGAGAGGGAGCACCAGGUCAGGCUACUAAUGGCCAUGAAGGAUGACGCCAUGAGAACAGCCAGCAUCGAUUCGUUGGUUGACAGCAUGGCAUUCACCAAUCAGAAACGUUCUCUCAUCAACACUGAUCUAGAGGAGGCGUCAGAGAGGUUACAGGACGACCAGAAGGAGACAGAUGUUGAGUACAACAAGGCCGUGGGGGAGAUGCUGGACCAGUCACUGAUCACAGUGGUGCAGGAGUCUCACAAGGACAGCCUCAAAGAACAGGAGGAACAAGCCAGGAAAGAAAAGAUAGAGUUACAGAAGAUGAUUGAGAAUGACAAGGUGGCGUACCAGAACCAGAACAGGUUCAGCAAGGCCGUGAAUAUGAUCGUCGCCAUGUACAGGAAUCUGGAGAUGAAAGAGCACAAAGAGGAAGAGAAGAUGAAGCAGUACGUGGAGGAUGUGAAGUUUACCGCCCAGGAGGACAUCGUCAGGAUUGUGAACACAAAGAGGACCUGCUCACUGUACCGGAAGGAGAAGUCCAGGCGGAUCCAGGAAGAGGAGCAGCUGGUAACCCAGGACAACCCGGCACGCGCGGCCAUGAUGAAUGUGAUGAACAGGGUUCAGAGACAGAUGCUGCUGCAGAAAUUCAAAGGCAAAUGGGUUAAUAUCACAAACAAGAAGAAGGCGGGUCGAACAGAGGAACAAAGCGAAGAAAACCUCACUGAACGGGAUAAGAAACUCCGGAUGAUUCGAACCAAGAACCGCAAGGAAACUAAAGUUGUUCGAUGGCAAGAUGAAGAUUUCUAAAACUUUAAUUCUUUAUCAGAUAUUUAAAUAAAUAAUAAUGCAUUUG